CAUUGGUUACAGCGUUAGUGAGUGUUUGUGUGCACCCAUUGGCAGACACUGUCAGCCAUCUUGUUAUCCAAGCAUUCAAUGAAUGUCUGCACUAAUGUUAUCAACACAUCUCUGUCACCACAACAUCACUCAAACACAUCGUCGAGUCCAAUGAUAUGUAUUGAAAAAAUGAUAGACAAUAAUGUGGUGUAAGUGUUGAUCGACCGGACAUUUAGUGAACAACCGGUUUGUUUUGAGGCAUUUCGUGAUACAAAUCGCCUCAAAUCACAAAUCACUUAAUUUGAGUCAUGCCUUCGUAUCCGAGGGUCGGGAAUCUUAAAGAUCCCGAAGUGUCACUUCUGUUCGACAAAGAAGAUCCCGACAAGAUCUUCGCCGAUCUAAGAGAGAUUGGACACGGAAGCUUCGGCGCCGUCUACUAUGCCAGAUAUGCGAACACCAAAGAAGUGGUUGCCAUCAAAAAGAUGUCAUUUACUGGCAAACAAUCGGCUGAGAAAUGGCAGGAUAUCCUUAAAGAAGUCAAAUUCCUCCGUAAUUUAAGGCACAAAAAUACUAUUGAAUACAAAGGCUGUUAUCUGAAGGAACACACGGCAUGGCUUGUAAUGGAGUACUGUUUAGGUUCGGCUUCGGAUAUAAUUGAAGUGCAUAAGAAGCCUUUGCGUGAAGACGAGAUCUCUGCCAUAUGUAACGAUGCCCUCAAUGGUCUCGAGUAUCUCCACUCUCAGGCCAGAAUCCAUCGGGACGUGAAGGCCGGCAACAUAUUGCUCACCGAAAACGGAACCGUAAAGUUGGCCGACUUUGGCUCGGCGUCGAUGGGCUGUCCGGCGAACUCAUUCGUGGGAACGCCGUAUUGGAUGGCACCGGAAGUGAUAUUGGCUAUGGAUGAGGGCCAGUACGACGGCAAAGUGGACGUCUGGUCGCUGGGCAUCACGUGUAUAGAACUGGCCGAACGAAAGCCGCCCUAUUUUAAUAUGAACGCCAUGAGUGCCUUAUAUCACAUCGCGCAGAACGAGUCGCCCAGUUUGAACCCAUCCGGCGAUUGGUCUGAUUUGUUCAGGAAUUUUGUCGAGACGUGUCUUCGCAAGAAUCCAUCCGAUCGACCGAAUUCUACCAGCAUUUUAAGACAUAGUUUUAUAACCCGUUUGCGAUCUCCGACUGUUAUAUUUGAUUUGAUCAGCAGAACGAAGGCUGCGGUCCGAGAGUUAGACAAUUUGAACUAUAGGAAGAUGAAGAAGAUUUUGAUGGUUGACUCCCGAGACAACGACUUCUCACAUUCGCACGACGGCGACAAUGAUAUACCCGAGGACGAAUUGGUUGCCAAUAAUAGUAAAAGCAAUUCAGUCGCGAGUUCUCACAGUCGCCAAAGCGGAGGCAUAAGCGCCGGAAGUCAAAGUAGUAGUACAAGUAGUUUACCCGCAAAUUCCGAGGGAGACUCCACUUAUAAAUGUCCGGUUUCUUUGAGGCGUGAGAGUGGGAGUAGUGUUAGUCGUGUCAGUCCUUCUAACUCGAGUGCGAGUCUGAAUAGCACCGAAUUGGGCGCCAAUAACUUCGCUACUCUGCGGACGACGUCUAUCGUCACCCGACAGCUCAAAGAACACGCGAAGGAGAACCAAAUGCACGAACAGAUGUCCGGUUAUAAACGUAUGCGACGAUCGCAUCAGAAAGCGAUCGUUCAAUUGGAGGCCAAAUGUCGACAAGAAAUAGAAGAACACAAACAAAAGUUAGACAAAGAAUACGAAACAUUAUUACAACAAUUUAGUAAAGAAUUAGAAAAAUUACAACAAAGACAUCAACAAGAAUUGGAAAGGAAGUUGAAGACAAACGUCGCUUACGAGCGAAAGCUAAGCAAAGCUAUCCUUCAACAGCACGAGGAAGAGCUGAAGAGAUUUCAAUUGCAACAAAAACACGAAUACAACAAAGCUAUCCUUCAACAGCACGAGGAAGAGCUGAAGAGAUUUCAAUUGCAACAAAAACACGAAUACAAGUUCGUAAAGGAGAGGUUAAAGCGUGAGUUGAGUAGCGAUCCGACGACACUUCGCAGCCAAAAGGAGAGCUUACAGCGCAAUCAGGCGUCGACUCUGGAAAGGCUACAACACGAACACCAGGAAUACCACAGACAGGAAGUGCGCAAAUUUCGUAGACGUAAACUCAUUCAAUACCAUCAGUUGGAAAGAGACCUUCUCAGGGAUGAGCUGAACAAACGACAGAGUCAGUUGGAACAGGCGCACGGAAUGCUCAUUAGACACCACGAGAUCACUCAGGAGCUCGAGUACCGCCAGCAAAGGGCUGUCCAUCAGCUGCGCGACGAGCAGAUCCGGAAACAACACCAAACAGAAUUGGCUAAUCAACAGGAAUACAAUCUGAAGCGCGAGAACGAGUUGCGCAAAAAGCACGCCUUAGAAGUGAAACAACAGCCAAAAAGUCUCAAACAAAAGGAGUUACAGAUUCGCAAACAGUUCCGCGAGACGUGUAAAACACAGACACUUCAGUAUAAGGCGUGGAAAUCUCAGAUCUUGAGCUCAACUCCAAAAGAUGAACAAAAGAAUGUGAUUAAAAAAUUAAAGGAGGAACAGGUCCGCAAACUGGCACUCCUGGGGGAGCAAUACGAACAAAGCAUUGCAGAGAUGCUUCAAAAACAAUCGAUACGCUUAGACGAGGCCCAAGAGCUGGAAGAGCGUCAACUCAAAGAGCAAUUGCAACAAGAAUUAGAACUUUUGAUUGCCUUUCAAAGUAAAAUCCGAAUGCAAUCCGAGGCUCAGAGGACUAAAGAGAGACGAGAACUCGAAGAACGAGUUUCCGUCAGACAGUCAUUGCUGGAGAAGAAGAUGGAGAUCGAGAAACAGCAGUUUCAAGACGAGAGGAAUGAAAGACAACGACUAUUACUGGAACGUCAGGCCAACGAAACGGAGACGUUUGAUAUGGAGAGCACGCGUCAGGGAUUCAACGCCUUAGCGAUAGCCGAGGCGUCCAUCGAUGGUAUGGGCGAAGAUGAAGCUUCGGUGAGCGGUUCGAUGCUGUCAUUGGCUCAUAGCAAUAGUGCCACGUCUUUCACGCACACAGCCCUAUAGCACACACCGACCACAGCCGCACCUCUAGAUUGGCCCCAACACUAGCCGUGCAUUCACUGUACAUAACAUUUUGUUGCGAUAAAUCCGAUGGUCUGAUUGCCAUCGGAAUUGACGACCAAAAUGAGAACCUCGUGUGUCGUCAAAGAAAUGCUCAGCCAUUAUGUGUGGUGUCGUUCAGCCGUCGUUUGCUCUACUGUUACGUUGAAAGAACUCUUGA